AUGACCAACAAUAUCCUGAUAGUCGGUGCGACGAGAGGACUAGGCGCCUCACUCAGAAGUAUUUACGCAGCGAAGCAAUCGACGAAAGUCUUCGCGACGACACGAUCAAAUCCACCAUCUGACUCGGAGCAAAACGUUUCCUGGGUUCCAAAUGUCGAUGUCUCACAUCCCGACGUGGGCCAGACCCUCGUGAAACAACUACCAUCACCACUCAAGCUGUCAACAGUGAUAAUCACAGCAGGGUACUUUGGCUUCGAGACAUUCGACAACCCAGACUGGGAGAAGCAGGUGAAGAUGUACACGACAUCAGCCAUCGGGCCGGUAUUUGUCGUCCAGAAUCUCGUCAAGGCAGAUCUCCUCGACAAAGGCAGCAAAGUGAUCCUGGUCAGUAGUGAAUCAGGGAGUAUCACACUGCGGCAUGAAACAGAGGGUGGAGGAAACUAUGGCCACCAUGCGAGCAAAUCUGCUCUGAACAUGGUAGGGAAGCUGCUCAGCUUGGACCUGAAGGACAAAGGCAUUGCUGUUGGUUUGGUCCAUCCGGGGUUCAUGCGCACGGAAAUGACCAAGAGUGUUGGGUUCGAUAGAUACUGGGAUGCAGGUGGGGCUGUCACCCCUGACGAAGCAGGCCGGUCUCUUGCGUCGUUCAUUGAGACGUUUGAUAUCAGCAAAACGGGUCAAUUCUGGGCACCACGGGGUCCUGGGGAUAUUGGUACUGCCGAGCCAGUUUUGGGAUCGAACUUGCCAACUCCUUUGCAGCUACCGUGGUAA